GCGCGCGGGUUUUCAUCACACAAUUUUGAAAUAAUCAAGGCAGGAUUUUAGUGUUAACUCUCGUUUGGAAAACAUUGCCUGGUUGUGGAAAAAAUGAUGCCUUGUGAAGAAGAAAAAAUUUUUCUCUUAUGCAAAAAAUACGACAAGAUGAAACCAACCGUUCACGAUGUCAUGAAAGAUGCCGAGAAAAUCCAGAAAAACUUUACAUCCGCUGGCGUUCUUCUGAAUCUUGAGUGUAGACUUCUAACAGCAGUGGCAAAUCAUCCUUGUUUUCUUCCUGAGAAUCCUCUUAAUGCUGAAGUACAAGUUAAUUCGCUGCUCCCGUACCUGUCCUCUCCCUGCCCUUGGGUUCGAUCCAUGGCAUGUAGCUUGCUUAGAGUUUUUACAUCGCGAUUGGAUCCCAAAGGGCCGCACAUAGAAACGCAAGCAGGUAGCUCUGGAUGGUCUGGGGAAGCUAUUCAAGUGUCCUGCAACAUGGAAUGUUUUAUCAAUAUUAGAGAAACAAGACACACUGACAGAAUAUCUGGGUGUAUUACUCAAGAUGGACAAAUCAACUGAUGAUGUGAUGAUAACAGCUCGGAUGCUGGAGGUUAUUGACAAUGCCGACCUCCUUCAUACAAUCCUGAAUUUACCAGAUAAACAUGUUGUUGGAAAAUUAGCCAAGUACUUACUGCAACUAUUACCUCCUAUCACCUUAUCAUCUGAAGCCCCAUUCUUAGACCUCAGGUGGAAAUCGCUGAGUAUCAUUUACACAUUGCUUCAGCUGGCUAAAACUAAAGAACUCUCUCAACUGGAUGUUUUAUUCGAUAGAGGGUGUUGUGACGCCGAAAAAGUUAACAGACUUCACACUGUAGUAAAAAGGACAUUUCUCUUUGAGUGAUUUUUUUACUCUUUUUCUCUUGAUGCAUAAUUUCCCCCACUGUAAUGAGUAUUAAUUGCUUGAGAAACAAAAAAAACAAAACAAAACUGAGAAGAAACUUGA